AUGGCAGGCUGGUUCUCUUCUUCAUCCCCGCUCGAUGAGCAGAUCGAGCGGGCAACCGCCUCCUCACUUGAGGAUAUUGCUCUUAACCUGGAAAUUACAGACAUGGUCCGGUCAAAAAGUGUUCAGCCCAAAGACGCUAUGAGAUCCUUGAAACGUCGACUGGAGAACCGGAACCCGAACAUCCAGUUAGCAACACUGAAGUUGACUGAUACUUGUGUCAAAAAUGGCGGCACCCAUUUCCUAGCCGAGAUCGCAUCCCGUGAAUUUAUGGACAACCUGGUAUCACUACUCAAGGCAGAAGGGGCCCCCUUGAACCCCGAUGUUCAGCGCAAAGUUCUGGAGCUGAUCCAGAAUUGGGCCAUGGCAGCCCAGGGUCGCAUGGAUUUGAUGUACUUGGGGGAGACAUAUCGCAAACUACAAAACGAGGGAUUUCAAUUCCCGCCAAAGACGGAGAUGAGCGGUAGCAUGUUGGAAAGCAAUGCCCCACCGGAGUGGAUAGAUUCAGAUGUCUGUAUGCGGUGCAGGACCGCCUUUAGCUUUAUGAACCGCAAGCACCAUUGUCGGAACUGUGGAAAUGUUUUCGAUGCACAAUGCUCCAGCAAGACUCUCCCAUUACCACACCUUGGGAUUUUGCAGCCUGUUCGCGUUGACGACGGCUGCUACGCUAAAUUGACUUCGAAGCCCUUCCCGCCAUCGGGGCUUUCAGAUCGAUCUGCUUUCAAAAACCACUCUAUAACGAAGUCUAGCUCCAUGGAGCCCCGUGGUGCCAAAGCAGAUACGAGCUUUGAUGAUGAUCUUCGUCGUGCGCUGGAAAUGAGUCUCGAGGAAGCGGAAGGGCGAGGGCCGUCGGGAUUUGUGCCUCAGACAGGCAAUGCGCCUGAACCAGCAAAGACUACACCGGGACCUACCAACAUCGAGGAGGAAGAUGCCGAUCUGAAGGCGGCAAUUGAAGCAUCAAUGCGGGACAUGGAACAGCACAAACAGAACCAUGCGGCCGCGUUGAAGAACAAUGCGCCACCGAACAAUACAUUCCGCGAUUCAUCAAGCACGCCCACUCCACUCCCCAAGAACCCGUACGAGCUUACUCCGGUCGAGGCAGAGAAUAUUCAUCUUUUUUCCACUCUGGUUGAUCGACUGCAACAUCAACCGCCGGGUACGAUCCUCCGCGAACCUCAGAUCCAGGAGCUUUAUGAAAGCAUAGGCGCACUUCGUCCCAAAUUAGCUCGGAGCUAUGGAGAGACUAUGAGCAAACACGAUACACUCCUUGACCUCCACGCGAAGCUCUCAACUGUUGUUCGAUAUUACGAUCGAAUGCUGGAAGAGAGACUGACUAGUACCUAUUCUCAACCAAACUACGGGUAUGGAGCACCCUCUGGCAUGCCUCAGUACCCAAACAUGCAUGGGAUGUCUGCCUACCCAGCCGAUGCAAAGUCGGGAGUGGAAAACUUUUACUAUGGAAAUGCUGCUGAACCGUCUCACCCCUCGACCGCUGGUUAUGCGCCAACGCAGAUCAAUAGCGGGGCGUAUGACGCACCUCCCAGUGGUAUUACAAGCCCUGUGUACCCAGCACAGGGUCAACGUGGAUCUGCUGUGAACGAGUCACAUACCGCUGCCUGGAGUCAUAAUGCAUAUCCCUCUUUAGGGUCGCCCCCGCCUCCCAGUGGCAUUAUGCCUAGCAAUCAUGUUACUCCUGGUACUACUGGGCCACAACAAUAUUACGCAGCAGCACCUGAUCAAGAUCAGAACACAGCACAGUUUUCAGAUGCGCCCUACCAGCCAUCUCCCAUCAUGCGUCGAGAUUCGCAAUACCAGCCCUGUGCACCUGGAGCUCCGACACCUAGUGCGCCAGAGCCGCACUCCCCCGACCAUGCGCAUACACCUCAAUAUUCUACCAUGGCCCCUCCACUGCACCAGCAACAUACAGGUCCUUCACCUCAAUCAUACUAUUAUCAGCCGCAGCAGCCUGGUACGGUGCCUCCUGGAUACCCACCGAUGGCCACUGGCCAACCGGGACAAUAUCCGGACGCCGGACAACAACUCCCCGCAUCCCACCAACCCGCACGACCAGUGGAGGAGAGCUUGAUUGAGCUGUAG